UACAAGGAAAGUAAGGGCUUCGUGAAGGCGUGACAUGCAUAAGCACUUUUAACCCCUUAUCUUCAUAGUUGCUCUGUUACAGUGAGGCAAGUCUGGUUUAAUUGGAAGAGUUUAUUCUGGGAACUUGGCCUUUAAGAAGAUACAAAAGGGUUUGCACAGCUUGUAGGGAAGUGAAGACCUGCAUAUUCCUCUGGCAUAGUUAUAUUUGUUUUUCUCUUGAUUAUAUCAGUCUUCUAGUCUAGACAAUGGUUUCAUUCCAGCAAAAAAUUUUACACUUGGUGAAGUGUUUCAGAAGACGAUGGCCUUUAUUUUCCAACUCUGAAAGGACUACUGUAUGUGGAGCAGACUGCAUGUUGAUGGCAUUACAACUGUCCAUGGCUGAAGUCAAUAAACAGCAUCAUGGAGACUUCACAGUAUCACUUAGUGAUGUGUUGGAAACAUGGAACUAUUUGUUACAUGACAAACUUGGAUUGUAUGAAAACAUGAAAGAACCUGAAAAUUAUGCUGAUGUGAAAAAAGCCUAUCAUGCCUUCUUAGCAAGAAGCAAUAUGUUAGAUUUAAUAGACAUAUAUCAGAAGUGCUGUAGUCUUGGACUUUUAGCUGAAGAUGAAAGCAUAUACCCUGUUCAACUGUUGGAAUUUAUUUCUGGUGUAAUGAACGCACAAGAAAAUAAUGGUUCUGUUGUUUCUACUCCUACACGAAUCAACAGACAGGGCCAGGAGCAUGUGAAGGUGGCAGUCCUGGCAAAGAAGUCUGUCUGUUCAUAUUUAAGCCUUUUGGUGAAUUCUAAGGAUGAUCUGGCAUUGGCUCAUAUUUUAAAUAUUCCUGACAGAGGACUUGGUAGAGAAGCCUUCACUAACCUCAAACAUGCCUCACAGGAGAGAAAAAUGUCCAUUUUUCUGAUGGCAACAUCUUUUAUCCGGACCAUAGAACUUGGAGGAAGAGACUCUGCAUCUUCUUUGUAUGAUCCUUUAAGACCCCAUGUAAAAGGGCUUUCCAGCUUUGUUAAUUUUAUUGACAAGCUGCAGGAAAUUGUUGGUGAAAUCUUAAAUACAAGAAUUGCAGGGGGGCGAAUUCUGUCAACAGUGAAGAUGCAUUUGAUAAAAGGCCGAAGCAAUGGGGAUCCUUUCUGUCAGGCAGUAGAGGAAGCUGUACAAGACUUGGAUUUGAAGAUUAAAAAUAUUAUCGAUUCACAACAGGAAACCUCAACUGCUAGCACUACUGGAGUCAGUCCAGCACGGCCAAAAUUGCAUUCCAUAAAUCAUGGCACUGCUUAUUGUGGCAGGGAUACUAUAAAAGUCUUGCUAGUUCUUCUGGAUGAAGAAGCUGUCAGUCCUCCUACCCAGAACAAAGCAGACCUGUUGUGUGACAAUGAAAACUUAAAUUUGUGUGGCAUCACCUCUGUUUUGACGCUCUUCAGAUCUCCAGCACGAUCCAGUGGCUCUUCUCCAAAACCUCUCAGACAACGUAUUCUAAAAUCUAUGGAUGAAAAAGUAAUUAAGAUGAAGCAAUCUUCAAUUAAAUCCCAGUUUGCCUGUACGUAUAAAAAUGAUUUGAGUGAAAUGAGUGACCAGCAUUCCCGUGCAAUUCCAACCUGCAAACAUUCUGUACCAAAGCAACAUUUAAAAGCUGGAAAGCCCACAGGGCUUGGAACUAUUUCUGAAAGUGUUCACCAGACUAGAAGUUAUACAGAAAUGGGAAAGCUGAGUUGUCAGCCAAGGAACAAGAACUCUGAGAAUGAACAGAUGGAUCUGAAUAAUGACAAAAUAAUCUGUGACAAGGAAAGUGAACCAUCUUUGCAAAAAAAUACUAAAAGACUGAAGACUUCAAGCAGCUCUAAGAAGGAUUUGGACAGCAAAAUUGGUGGAAAAAGAAAACAGACCAAAAGUGCAAGUAAGAAUAAGUUGAUUGCUGGUCAGGCAAAAUUAACUCGCUUUUUUCAACUCUAAGUUUUUGUUUUCACAUACAUGUAUGUUGGCAGAUGUAAAAUUAUGCAA